AUGGAAUCAUCAACAAAUAUUCGCGCUUUUACUGUAUUAUCAGUGGCGAUGGCUAUCGGUAUUAUAAUCCGACAAAUGGAAUGGUCGUCUCUGAUCCCACAGCCAGAAUCACAGAUUUUUCCAUCAUCGAUUUCCGGUGCUGACCUUUGGUGCUCGCUUUCGCCCAUCUUUUUCGUAGCUGGUGCCGUGAUUGGUGCAUUGCUCUCAGGGCCCGUCUGGAGGUGUUUUGACAGCCGACUGAGUAUGGCAUUUUUUGAUACUGUUUUGAUCGGCGGUCUGAGCAUCGUUACUUUACCAGUCACAUCGACGGAGUUGAUGGUAGCCAGUAGAUUAUUACUCGGAAUCGGUUCUGGCGCUAUGUCCGCUAUUGUACCCGCAUACGUUGGCGAAAUUUCGCACCCAAAGUUCCGAGGCAGAAUGGGUAUACUGUUCUAUGCGGUCAUGGUAAUGGGCAUCGUGAUAUCCGACGUGUUUGGCUCAUUCAAACAAUAUGAUAUUCAUCAACCUUUCAGCAUACCGUUCAACGUGUAUUGCAGCUUAUUCAUUAAAUUACACUCGAUUGGAUUGUGUUUCGUUCCUAAACUGCCGUACUCAACGUCAAACAAUUUUCUCGAACCAAACCAUAGCAACGACGAAAGUCUAAGCACUAUAAAUUUGUUGGGUGAACCCUUUAGGAUGGACGUAUUGCACUCAAUGGUCUCAAUGUUUUCCGAUUACCACAAUACAUAUCGACGAAGUUCAUGGCAUAUAUUGGACGCAUUUAGUUGCCGUGCGGAUCGCAAAGCACUGUUGAUCGGUGUCGGAUGUAUGUUCUUCCAUCAAAUGUGUGGUAUAAAUGUAAUGAUAUCGUACAUGUUUCCUGUAAUGAAAAUGGCUGACAUUGACGUGGACCCUAAAAUGGUAUCCAUCGCAAUGGGAAUCGUUCAAGUCAUUAUGAUGCUUGUCGCAAUAUUUAUCAUAGACAGCAAAGGUCGUCGUAUGUUAUUAAUAUAUUCGGCAGUGAUUAUGUGUCUAUGUUUGGUUGGUUUGGCAUUCUGCAUCAUUAUUAAAAUGCAACUAAAUGCUACUACAUUCAAUGAUAUAUCGAUGAUUCUCAUUAUGUUUUUCAUUAUGGCGUAUUCUUUAGGAUUUGGACCUGUCCCUUGGGUUAUAUUGGGAGAAAUAUUUUCGACCAAAGUAAAGUCGUACGGAAUAAGCUUUGCAACAGCUAUAAACUGGCUACUAGUGUUAGCAAGUGCUUACUUUCCAUACGAAAUGAACAAGUUUUUCGAAAUCGAAUAUAUCUUCUUGUUUUACUUUGUGUUAUGCCUUUGUGGUGCAUUAUUUGUGUGGCGGUUUCUACCAGAGACAAAACAAUUCAGCUUAAUAGAUGUUCAGAGGCAAUUAGACAUCGAUUAUGAACAUAUAAAUUACAUACCUGCAGUAUAA